GUCGUGUUGUUGACGCGAGUGGACGAAUCAAAUCGAUUGACAUGGCCUGUUCUUCCAUUCCAUCCACGAAAGAAGCCUCAUUCCCACAACAACAAACAAAAAACGAAGGAAACAAAAUCGUCCAUUUWUCUGCUUUGGUUCGAAUCAAUCCAAGGGUUCAGCAACCGAACGAAGACUAGCCAAGACAAACAAUGGGGAACACACCGGUUCAUUCGUCGUCCGCUGGUGUGCCAAAUAGAAAACCACACGCGGGACGCUCGCRAAAAAGCCGRCGCCUGGUCCGCCCWUUGCGGGAACGKRUUUCUCUCGGAGGCCGGAGCGGGCACGAGAGGAAGAGCCAUUGGGGUGGUUCGACGAAUGCCCAAACGCAGCUGAUGGCGUCCGUUCUGGCCAGGAAUUGGCGGGAGGUGUUGGUCCGGGCGAGAUCGUUCCCCGACGAGGUCCGGGUGCCCUGCACCGUAGAGGUUCCUAUUCCGAUUCUUGUUUCGGAGGCGGAUCGGACCGGAACGAAUUACCGCGGUCGCGACGAGGGCCAGCUACCGUCGAAGAAGGCUCCGGUGUCGAUCCGGUGCUGCCGCUUGAGGCUAUUGCCMCUCCACGCAGCUUGUGCGCUCCGCCCGCCGCCCCAGGUGGUGGGUGUGCUGCUCUCCCAUGUCGUGGCUUCUACCGAAGAAACGAUGCCAAACGGUUUGGUUGUUCCCCAUCAYAAGAAACAAAGGCUACCGGUGUUGCACAGAUUCCGGCAGCGCCAGCACAAGCAGUACCACCGGAUAUCUCCGCCGCCGCGGCGGCAGCGUGCGGUCCCGUUGUUUGACGAGAACAACACCUCCCUGGCCACCGUUCCGGUGACACUCGUGGGGCACGGUACCGGCAUCCACGCUACCCCAAGCAUCGCCAGGGCUCUGCGCCAGAAGCUCUCUGCGUUGGGCAGGAAGUCGAACCGCAAACAUUUAGCCUUUCAACYGCUGCCAGGGCCUCGCAUCACCCAAUCCGACCAUUGGUCCGAAGAGGAAUCGGCAUCGCAGGUUGAGAACAGUCACUAUAGUAGGAAUGGAAUCGGACGGGAAGCAUACCGAAACUCUGGCAAAAAACAUGCUCCUAGAGCCACCCCUGRGAUUGAAAGCACACAAGGGACUAUGGAUGGAACUAAUUCCGUGCAGCGAAAGUGGAUCACUCUGUUGCCGCGGCAGAUCGAAGACCAUUCGGGGAGCAACAAAAGCAAGAACUCCAAGCCUCGUUCGUCCUCCUGUUCACCAGUAUUACGGGAUUUCGAUCCACCAGACCUUUUUGCGCCUUUAUCAACCGUCAGUGCGCCAGAAAAACAGCCUGUCUUUGGCGAGCUUGACCAGCUGUUCUCCAUAGAACAUUCUACUGGAGACUUGAGCACUUCGAUGACGACGGCCACGCAUUCUUUAAUAGACAAUACUGGCUAUUUCUGCGACGAUGGUUCCAGCAGCCUAGAAUACGUAAUGGACGAUGACGAUGACGACGACGACGAGGAAGAGACCGGGGCGUCGCUGACGAUAAGUGAGUCGAGCUGCAGUAGCUGCGACGGCUCUGUCGUUCGGUGCGAUCUGGUUUCGCCCAGCGCCUCUGGUUACUUUUGCAGCGACCAAGAUAUGGCAACAGCACCGAUUGCAUAUCGUGGUACCGACGAUAGGGCUUCUGCCAUUAGCAACGAGCUGGAACAAUUUUUUGUUUCCAACAGCCUCGCGAUUACCGAGGGCAGGAGCAGMCUCCAAACAACGGCAAACAGCGGGCCGACCGCCAAGGAUCCUUCAGACUAUAUUGGUAAAGAUAUAAGUUUUGAGCUCGAACGAUUCUUUGAGUCUUUUAGUGGGGACGACACCGACGAGAGCUCGGGUGACAGCAGCAGUCUUCUGCAAUGGACAAGCAACGGCAGGAUGGCCAUGGUGGRUGCKUCGGACGACCCACCGUCUGACCCGUCUCAAGGCGAUCCGAUCCGCAGCAARARUWGUUUCGAAACCAUCGAUCAMUCUGUUGCGGUAUCCGGUAGCCGCGACGAAUUGACAACGAGUCGUUCCACCCGCUCGCUUCAAACCAAGGUUCUGCAUCGAUGCAUCGAAUUCGAUCCCCUGGCGAUUCUCRAAACCCUGCCCCGCGUCGAAACGCAGCCACCCGAGCCGGGGCAGUGUCCGGAACAAGAGGAAAGCUCGGGAUCCUUUGGAGUUUCAAGGGUGCUUCCAAUCCACAUUGCGUGCCUAUACGAAGCCUCGUCCCCUGUAUUGAGGAUUCUCUUGGAAGAAUACUCCGAAGGAUCUUCCAGGGAUGUCCUCGGGAUGCUGCCGGUGCACAUGGUAGCCGCAAAGUGGUCGAUGGGCAUUGCCCCACCGAAUGCACCGGCAAGAGAGGASGAGGCGACCGAAGCAUUUUCCACCGCCGGCGACGGUGGGUUUCAGAGAGACCGGCUCGAAACACUGGUGGAAUCUGCACCGGGGAGCUUGUGGAAGGCAAGUUCUGCGCAUGGCUUGCGUCCGUUGGAGUACGCGAACAYCCUUGCACCCGGUGCCGCAAAUCGCUUUGACGAGAACGAGAACGCGAAGGCGRUCCGUUCCAUGAAAACCUAUCUGGAGGCAAAGGAAGAGCGGCAUCGUGCCCGCAAGGGGAGCUUUUUCGGGACGCUUGCCGGUGCUGCGAGAGCACCCCAGAACUCUUUUCGUGCCCAACCGGUCGAGGCGAGCGACGGGGGGGACUCUUCGAUGGACGGCUCGGGCAUCUGCGAUACCCUGCCAACGUGUACCACGAGCGUCUCGACGUGGAAAGCACCCGUGGCAGUCCACGACCUUUCGCAAGGUGGUUUCCCGGCGGGGGCCGUCCGCCUGCCGCUGGACCAGGGCGAGUGCGAAGGGGUGAGUUCCCAAACCAACCUCUGCCGGAGCCACGCACUCCGUGCAUAGGUUUGCGGUAGCCGCAGAAUGCAAAGGAUCCAAGAAAGCGGUUUGGAAAGA